AUGGCGGACACUACAAAGCCAGAGGAGCCGACGACCGAGUCGAUCGACAAGUCGUUUGACGUCAGCGGUAACGAUGAAGUGGCCGGCAACGACGAGGAGGUUGAGCAGACGGAAAUCUCAGAGAUGAAGCGCCGCGUGGCCGAAAUGGAAGAGGAGGCCGCCAAGCUCCGCGAGAUGCAAAAGGACCUCAACCACCAGAGCCAGGAGCUCACAGAAAACAAAGAAGACAUCGACUCGCGGAGUAUCUUUGUCGGCAACGUUGACUACUCUGCAUCGCCCGAGGAGAUCCAGGCACACUUCCAGAGCUGUGGCUCCAUCAACCGGGUGACGAUUCUCCUGGACAAGUUUACCGGCCAGCCGAAAGGAUAUGCGUAUGUGGAGUUUUCCGAGCCCAGCCUGGUCGCCCAGGCCCUGGUCCUGAACGAGAGUGUCUUUAAGGGAAGGAACAUUAAGGUUGUUCCGAAGCGGACAAACGUUCCAGGCAUGAGCCGUGGCCGCGGCCGAGGUGGCUUCCCUCGCGGCCGGGGCUACUUUGGCGGUCGCGGCGGCUUCAACCCCCGUGGCGGCUACCGUGGCGGCUACCGGGGCCGCGGCCGUGGCGGCUUUGCCCCGUAUUAG